GUGCCGGGAUGUUCGCGGUGAGCUUGGUGCUGCGCUGCCGCCCCAGUGCACGGAGCACCUUUGCAUCGAGGCGUCCCGCCUGGCGGGCGCCGGUCUCGGGCUCUUUGCGGCGCGGGAACUCCAGGCCGACACUUUGGUAGCCCACUACGCAGGCGACCUCCACAACCUGAG